CAUGAUUCAGUCUGCGUGUGCCCUGCUGUUGUCUGCCCAUUUGGCGAUGGCACUAUUUUAUCAUGAGCUAUCUGCGGUUGAUCUGAAGGAUGAUAUAAUAAACAGUGCUUAUGGAUUCAGCUUGGGAUAUCAAAGGGAUGAUGCGAGACUAGUUAUCGGCGCACCACUCUAUAAUACAGACGGAAAAGUGUAUCAUUGCCCUGUAAAGGACGUCAAGAAUAAGAAAUGCAAUGAUCCCGUGCACAUUGACUUUAAAACAAUAUCGAACAGAACUGUGAAUCCAGAUCAGCAUUUCUAUCUGGGUGCCUCAAUAGCUGCAAAGAAAAAUGGUUUUGUGGUAUGUGCACCGCUAAGAACCGCAUAUUUUGGUAAUAUCGAUCUACAUACAAAAACUAGCGCUGCGUUCGGCGCCUGCUUCAUUUACGAUAAUAUAGAAAAAACUUCAAAAAUGUGGUCUCUCAACUCCAAUAUAAGUAUUUCAGCUGUAUGGGUAGAAGGAGGCGGUGGCUGGAGCACAUUAGUGGAUGACAAUGAUAGAGUCAUAAUAUCCCAACUGUUUGAGAAUAAGGCUGCGUUGUGCAGCCAAAUGACAAAAGCAGAGAAUUACUCGGAAUGUUUUAAACCUCAAGAAUUAAGCCUAGCGACGAUAUACGGUCAAGCUAUGUCAUUUGGAAAUUAUUUUGUUGAAAAUAAAACAUGCUACGCUUUUAGCGUAAACUCUAUUGGCAUGGAGAAAGGCUACAUUGAUUUCUUCACCAACAAUCCUCUAUAUGCUUUUGCUCCAGGAUCAGACUGCUCUCGCAGACUGAACGACAAGACUGACAGCAUCGGUACCAUGUUCGGAGCGGCUCUCUGCAGCGCCGAUGUCACUCGCGAUGGUCUCGCCGACCUGCUGGUUGGUGCGCCGGCGCAGCACCGCCCCGCCGACUACGACAACGGCGCGACGCACAUUUAUUCUAAAUCGAUUAAUCCCUUCGAUAAUGAAACUUUCGAGAUGGAUUUGAUAAUAACAAUAUGGGGGGUGAAGAGCGGCUCACGGUUCGGUACGACUUUGUCCACUAACGAUGUCAACGGCGACUCUUAUCCUGAAAUAAUUGUCAGCGCGCCAUUCGAGAAGUCAGGAGGCGUGUUAUACAUUAUAUGCGGCUAUGCCAUACAUGAGACUAUUAAAAAGAAACGAACAGACACGAUAUCAGUGUUAGAACUGGCUAGGACACAGAGAAUUGAGAAGAGCAAGUCCUUUGGGUUCAGCCUGCAGCCGGUCGCUGAUUAUAACGACAAUGGGAGCGAUGAACUUGCAGUUGGUGCCCCGGAGGAAUCGAUCGUUACAAUGUAUAGGGGAAUACGGGCCAUCGCAGUGAAUGUUACCUCUGAAUUUACAGACUAUGCCACAAAGACAAACACCGAAUUUGGCUUUGCUUCGUGUGUCACCAUUGAGAAGCCUAAAGAACCCAAGGAAAUUACAAUGAGGUUAUUGGUUAAGAAUGUGUUGACUGGCGAUAAGGCUACGUUUAAAAGCAACGAAAAGGACACAUACCAGAUAAUUUUAACAGAAAAGCCUACAUAUAUUAAUGGGACUCUGCGCCGAUAUUGUCGGGACUAUCUUAUUACGAGCUGUUUCUCCUGUAAGGUCAACACAACAGUAUCUUUGAUGGAGGACAUUGAAACUGUGAAAGAGUUCAAAAACACUUGGGUUACAAUAAGCCCACAGAGUAGCUUAACUAAAGAGACGCAACCGCAUUGUAACUGCGACGGAGUGCCCUGUGAGCCUGAAUACUCUGUGGAACUGCUGUGGUCUGGAAAAAGUGGCAGAACUCAUCAAUACAUCGUCGGUUCAUCUGACAUGGAGACAAUGACGAUCUUAGUGAGCAACAACGGCACGGUGGGAUGCGGUGCGUGCGCGAUUGUGGGCGUGAGCGGUACGCUCGUGCCCACCCUGCCGUGCGCCAAGGAGAUGGGAGCGUAUAAGUGUGAAUUGCCGGCGCCUUUUCGCACUGAAACCAAUAAAACUAUAGACGUUCAGCUGCAGACAAACACCUUGAGUAUCGAAGAGAAGGGACUUACAAUCGACGUGGAAGUGCGCAAGGAAUGUAAUAAACCGGACGCGGUGCAUUCCUUCCUUACGCUGAACUACGAUUUUGAAAAUGUGCUUGAAAAUGUUGUUGUUCACGGGUCUACUAUAAAUCGAGUCAUAUCCGACGCAGAAUUAAAGGAUUCGAAGGAAGAUAAGUUGUCAUUGGAACAAACCUAUACUAUUUAUAAUAAUCAGUCAUUUCAAUGGAAAAAAGUAUUCCUGACGAUAGAUGAAAUGAACAACACGUACAUAGAGAAAUCUACGGUAAGGGUUGGCCAACCAAACAAAUGUUCAGUGGAACUGACAAACUUUUGGAAAUGUUCAAUCCCUUUGGCGCCGAACUCUACGACAGCAAUAAUUGUGUCUGCAACUAUUGUCAAAAAUAAGCUAGCGAUUUUCCUAAAGAAAGGUACUACAAUAAUAACAUCAAAACUAAAGUUGCAAAUACUACCAGACAAAACCAAGGAUAAAUCGAUAUCUACAGUAAUAACGUUGGAAGAAAAGCCGAAGGGCCCGAUAGGAACUAUUUUGAUCGCUAUAGGCGUGGGCUUGCUUCUGCUGCUCAUCAUAGGAGUUAUACUUUACAAGUUGAACUUCUUUAAAAGGAAAACGAAAGAAGAGUUGGAGGUGUUGAAAAAUGAAAUGAGAAGACAAAGUAUGCGGAGCGGUACAUCAUCUGAUAAUCGAACUCAACCGGCCAUUGAUCCAGCAGUAACAGUCCCAGACCCAGAUCAUGACUUCGAUAUGGUGGACUUGAUCGUGGACGAAACUCCGCUGGCAAAGUCCUUGUCCUCCGAACAGCUGAACUCUUUAGCAGCAAAUCCGGACUCGGUGAAGUUGGAAGACUGUCCGAAAAAACCGGAUUUCGAUGACAGACCUCAAGUCCUAAAGGUUGACUGGUAGAGAAUGCCGUGUAUU